UCUCCCUGUCAUCCAAAUGUGGACAGGGGAGUGGGGGGAGUGGAACUGUGGGUCCAUUGGAUACGUGCGAAUGCGGUCUUUGUCUCUUAAAGAAAUCAGUCUCUGUCUAGUGUGCAGGCAAAUGCCCUUAGAAUGGUUUAAUUCAGGCUUGACUGCAGCUACUUGCCUGCUUACCCAUGGUGAGAGUUUUUUUUUUUUUUAAAGCAUACCCAGGUGAGCUGAGCAGGCACAAAAGUUUGUGUCAAUGGGUAGAGUUCGUUCCUUAUGUCUUUCCAGGUUUUUGAUGUGCUACAGAUAACUUAAAAUUUGUAUGCUGUAGGCAACCCGGCUAGGAAAAUGUCAUGUGGACUUGCAUUUUUUUUUUUUAAACUUGGCUUUGAAAGACUGGUUUUAAUUACUGCUGCAUUAGGCCAUUGCUGGAAAAGACGUUUUGAUGAACAUAGCUCAGAGAUUUGUCCUUGGCUGCAAGCUGCACUGAGGCAUUAACAGAGGUGUGAACAGAGAUGGUUUUGCUCCCCAGCCACAACAUUGCUUUUUAAUGUGGCUGUAAUAAGUGGGAAGUUCAGGAUCACACCCUCUUUCUCAGCCUCCUCUUAUUGGUUACUUUGUCCCCUCUAAGGUUGGGUUUCUCCUCCUCUACUGAUAAACUGUGACAUCCUGUCAUUGAGAUACAUACUCAGGUGCGGACACUUGUCUUUUGAUUGACACACACAGCCCAGCACCUUCCCUAACUCUUUCUACUGCCAAAGGUGUUUUCCUCGUGGACCAGCCAUGCUCAGAGUGGGCACUAGCUCUGCUGCCCAAAUACUUGUUUUCUCUCUCCUUCUCACCGCUGUCUCUCCACAAUGCCGGUCGGGCAUGGAUGAUGAAUGUGAGGAGAAUGGGGACUUUGUGCCGGGUCACCACUUGGCUGGUGAGGGCAUUGACAUCACCACGCUGGAGAGGAAGGGGGCCAACGUGCUGGAUAUGAGUCAGUGGCAAAAACCGGAUGGGACCUGCACCUUGUGCCAGAAUCCUUUGCUGGAAGGGAAGCCACUCCAGAGGCUCCCGCUGGCCGUCGCCGACUGGGAGGCCAAAAUCUCCUGCCAGCGGAACGUGCGCACUUCAUUACAGGAGUCGGGCAUCUCAGUGGUUCGUGCAGAAGGAACCAAUGUGAAAAACGACUGGAAGGUGGGGCUGGACGUGCAGGUGAAGCCCCAGGUGAACGUCCAGGUGGCUUUGGCGGGGUCACACUCCAAGAUGGCCGACUUCACAGCAGAAAAGAGCUCAAGGGAUCAGUACAGUUUUGCUAGCCAUGAGGUCUCCUGCUCCUACUACAGGUUCCGUAUUGGCCAUCGCCGACCACUUAACGAGCAUUUCAGACACGCUGUGAAGAUUCUCCCCGAAAAAUACCACAAGAGCACACAGUUGGAAUACCGGCAGCUGAUUGGAACCUUUGGGACUCACUUUAUAACACAGCUUCACUUGGGAGGACGCGUGAGGGAAGUGACGGCCGUGAGGGUGUGUGAGACGGUGCUGGAUGGGGUGAAUGCCGAUGAGGUCAAAGACUGCCUGAGCAUAGAGGCAGCCGUCAGCAUUGGUUCUGGCAAAGGAAAGGCAGAUGCGGCCUACCAGAAAUGUGAAGAGCAGAAACAAAAACAGAGGUUCAAGGGCAGCUUCCACAAGAAGUACAAUGAACGCCAGCUGGAGAUUGUGGGUGGGAACAGCCACAUAGACCUGCUCUUUUCUGAUAGCCAGGGCACGGAAAUUUUCAAAGAGUGGGUGGAAGGCCUGAAAUCCAUGCCUGGCCUGGUCUCCUACUCCUUAGAGCCCAUCCACACCUUGGUGGCCAAAGAGGACCCCAGGAGAGAGGGCUUGCGGCAGGCGGUGAGCGAGUACGUGAGAGAAAGAGCCAUGUGGAGGAACUGCACCCAGCCUUGCCCACCAGGGACCCAACGCAGUGCCCGGGACCCCUGUUCCUGUGUGUGUCCGAGUGAUGGCACCACCAACUCCAUGUGUUGCUCACGACAGCGAGGCAUGGCCAAGCUGACGGUGACGAUUCAACGUGCCCAUGGUUUGUGGGGGGACUAUUUUACCAGUACGGAUGCCUAUGUCAAGGUGUUUUUCGAAAAGAGGAUGAUGCAGACAUCCACCGUAUGGAACAACAACAACCCAGUAUGGAACACCCACAUUGAUUUGGGAAAUGUCCAGAUCAUGGGAGAGACAAGCAAGCUCCGAGUUCAAGUCUGGGAUGAAGACAACAAAUGGGAUGAUGACCUUCUGGGAUCAUGCGAUGUGGCCCUAGAAUCUGGAGAACCUAAAAGCAAAGUCUGUUAUUUGAACCAUGGACGGCUCGAUUUCAAGUACCACUUGGUCUGUGGCCCCCACUUGGGUGGCCAGUACUGCUUGGAUUAUAUCCCUCAGCAGCCAAGAUAUGUGGGUGCCCUCUUGCAACGUAUGGGCAAAGCAGAUACUGAGAAGCCAAAGACCCCCUGAUGGCAUCAAGUAGCACAGCUCUGCUUCUUCCCCACCAGAUACCAUUUAAUUUGCCAAAGUUGCAGCCCAUCUCCAAUCAGAGAUGGCUCUGGCACAGCUUAUGCCACAUGCAAUACACGCAUUAGUCUGCAGAGUGAUAAUAGAUUAUUGCUUGUUUCCACCAGUAUAUACUCUGAACUUUCGAGUUUUGCUUCUGCCCAAGGUAAGCCACAUUCUGUACCAAGAAUGCCGGCUGGAAUAAAGUGGAAUAUUUACACAUGCUUGAUUGUGUUGCAUCAUUGUACUUGGUCACUCAUGGAAA